AUGCGCGCUUCCGCCGCCCUCGUCGCCUUCGCCGCCGCUGCGGUGUCGGCCCAGCAGAACUACACCAGCGAGCUGGACAUGAAGAUCGACCCCAACACCGUACAGCUUCAGAUUCGAGCGCAAUGGUGCCAGGCUCAGACCAACACCUGCAACCUCCUCUGCAACAACGACACUGACAAGAACAGUUGUGCCCAGGAGGACCUCAAGUAUGAAUGCACAUGCGCGUCCAACUCCUCAGCGCCUGGCCUGCAGUACUACACGCAGACCAUGCCCACCUUCAUUUGCGAUGCCCUCUUCGGCCAAUGCAACGAGCAGAACGUUGGCAACGCAGACGGCCAGAAGGCUUGCACCACCAACAUCAAGAACCUCUGUGGCAAGAAUGACCCGCCUAAGGCGCCGGUCAGCGAUGAGAGCUCGAGCUCGGUCAGCGGCACCCCCUCGGCCACUGGCUCCGCCUCUGCCACUGGCAGCAAAGCUUCCACGACGUCCACCUCGACCGGCCUCGCUGCCCCUACCAUGGCCCCGGCCGGCAACGGUGCCGCCGCCGCCGCCGCCAUUGGCCUCCUGGCCUACCUCAUCUAG